GAUUGGUGGUAGGAUUUAUCCUUACAGUUGCAAAUUACAGUUUCUUCACUUCUUUGUUUGUAUUUUUCGUUACUUCUUCAAAACUUACUAAGUGGAAAAAAGAUAUAAAGAGGCAAAUAGAUUCUGAAUACAAAGAAGGUGGACAGAGGAAUUGGGUGCAAGUAUUCUGUAAUGGUGGUGUUCCUACUGAGCUGGCUCUCUUAUAUAUGAUAGAAAAUGGACCAGGUGAAAUUCCAAUCGACUUUUCAAAGCACUACACAGCAUCAUGGAUGUGCUUGUCCCUUUUGGGAGCUUUGGCAUGCUCUGCUGGUGAUACAUGGGCUUCAGAGAUUGGUAGUGUUAUGAGUAAAAGCAAGCCAAGGUUGAUAACCACCUGGGAAAAGGUUCCAGUAGGUACUAAUGGAGGAAUUACUUUGGUGGGCCUGCUCUCAAGUUUGCUUGGCGGCAUGGCAGUAGGGAUGGCCUACUUCCUAACACAACUCAUUUUCGUGACUGAUCUGGAAGCAUCUGCUCCGCAGUGGCCUAUUGUUGUGUUUGGUGCAGCAGCUGGCUUACUGGGAUCAAUUGUGGAUUCAUUUUUGGGAGCUACGAUGCAGUACAGCGGUUUUGACCAGAAUAUCGGCAUGGUUGUCAACCACCAAACAAAAGAUUCCAAGCACAUAUCUGGAAAACCUAUAUUAGACAACAAUGCAGUAAAUCUUUUUUCUUCUAUAAUCAUAGCUUUGAUGCUUCCAGGCAUGGCGUGGUGUUUCUGGCCCAGGGGCUGAAAUGGUUAAGGUUUUCUGCAUGCUGUGUUCAGUCUUACUGAAAGACUUCAAAAAGUUCUUUUUGAACUUUCUUGAAGAGAGAGAGACAUCUGAAACUUUCAGAGAGCCAAAGAACUUUCCAUCUCAAUUUAAAGGCUGUAAGCUUCAUAAUGGCAGUUGGCAUCUGUCAGGGCAAGGAAGGGGUUUUGUCGAUAUGCUCUUGCUGCUC